GGAAUCCAAAUAAACAAUCCGUGCAAAGCGAGAAGAGCCUAUGUUUGGCACAAGACCACACAGGCUUUUCAGUACUAAGAUGCUAAUCCUGUAACGGCGCGAGCGGUUUGCGCGCUCCAUCCGCUCCCAGUGCGCAGGGGAUUUCACUCUACCUGCAGAGGCAUUCCGGAUUAAGAAAGCAGCUCGAAUGGCUCUAUAACACACUAAAGCCGCGCGCGCGCGUGUUCAGAGAAGCGGCAUUGGGAAAGAUGAUGAUGGGAGUGUGUGUGUGGCGGCGUGUUGUGUCUCUGAGUCUCAGGCUGAUGCUUGUUAUUCCUGCAGGUCUGCCGGUACGGAGUCAGGGAGACACACAGUCCGAUAAUACCGUGAUGGACAACAUCACUGUCCGACAGGGAGAGACUGUCCUCCUCAGUUGUUCACAAGGCGAUGUUGUGACGCACACGGCCUGGCUGAACAGGUCCAGUAUACUAUAUGCUGGUGAGGAUAAGUGGUCCGUGGAUUCCCGAGUCAGCCUGGUCACCCUGAACCGUGAUGAGUUCACCAUUAAGAUCGAGAACGUAGAUGUGAGUGAUGAGGGACUGUAUGUGUGCGCUGUUCAAACCAGCAGCAAGCCCAGAACCACAUCCGUCCAUAUCAUCGUUCAAGUACCUCCAAAAAUUGUCAACUUCUCAAACAGUUUGGUGGUGAACGAAGGCUCCAAUGUCACACUGAUGUGUCUGGCUAUCGGCAAACCAGAGCCUGUAAUCAGCUGGAAAAUGUUUUCCCAAAUUGCAAAUGAAGACAUUGAUUCAGAAGAUGAGUAUUUUGAGAUCCCCUCCAUCAGCAGACACAGGGCAGGAGUGUACGAGUGCACAGCAACCAAUGACAUCGCCAUAGACAGAAAGACAGUGAAGCUGGUGGUCAACUAUCCUCCCACUGUGUUUGAGGGCAGAGAUGUGGGCGUGACUCUGGGUCACAGUGGGGUCUUGAGGUGCGAGGCAGAUGCUGUCCCAGAGGCAGAUUUCGAGUGGUACCGAGAUGACAGAAGGAUCUUCAAUGGCUUUGAUGGCAUUGUGAUUGAGGACAUCGGAUCCAUGUCAAAGCUAACUUUUCACAAUGUGUCUGAGGCAGACUAUGGAAAUUAUACAUGUGUUGCCAUCAACAAACUUGGGAGUGCAAACACAAGCAUCGUUUUAUAUGAAGUAAUUGAGCCCACUAGCUCGACACUUUUGCAAGAAAUGACUUCAUCUGUUUUAGAGCAAACAGCCACUGAAUCCAAUCAGUUGCAGGAAGGACCUGAUGCAGUUCAAGAUGGUAACAGUGGCACAGCAGUGACAUACACACCGGUCUGCCUCUUCCUCAUCAUCGCCCUGCAGCUGCUGCUCAAGUUUUGAUGGUGAAGAGGAUUUCAGCUGGAAUUGGUCCCAUCUCUCUUGUCACUCAUAUCAACCCCUGCAGCCCCUGCAGCAGAUGAGAGCAGAGGGCGGGCAUGUGAUUCCCACUACUCCUUUUUAAUAAUCAUUCUAUUUUACUUUAUAUUAGUGUUAAAUAAAAAUCUCCUAUAUUUUUACUUAUCUUUUUUUUUUCUUUUGCCCCAGUGACAGUAUCAUUAUUUAUACAUAGGAAACAGGCCUAUUGAGGUGAGGCUUGUCCAAUAUAUAUUUGCAUAUAAAGUUAUUUCUGUAACUGUAGUUUCAUUUAACCAACUAUAACCUUGUCUAAAACUUUAAUAUCACACUUACUAGGAGAUUACAAGUAAAAUGCACGUCUCCCUCUUUUGUUUGUCAUCAUAGUCAG